AUGCUCUACCUGCACACGAUAUUGCAAGUGGUCUCAGCUUCGGCUGCUAUAGCUGCCCUGACUGCUAUAGCGUCCACAGUGUCGAUGUUCUACGACAUCAAUUCUUUCCAAGAUGAGAUUCGUAUGGAUUUGCAGCAGUUCAAAGAAAUGGCUGACGACGCUUGGAAUGAAAUGGUCACUGCAACGCAUGGAAAAGUGGAACGGCCCGUUAUUUUCGAGAACUUUAUCACUAGGGCAAAGAGACAAUACAAUACAGGUGGAGGAAGUCAGUGCCAAUGUGCUCCUGCAGCAAGUCCUUGCCCAGCUGGUCCGCCUGGUGCACCUGGCGCAAAGGGUGAAGAUGGCGAGCCUGGUCAACCAGGACAAGAUGGACAUCCUGGAGAAGCCGGACAAUCAGCAAUGAGUGAUGCGACCAAGUCUUGCAUCAAGUGCCCUGCAGGACCAGCUGGCCCUCCAGGACCCGACGGACCUGCCGGACCUGCAGGUCCUGCAGGAAACGCCGGUGCUGAUGGAACUGGCGGUGGAGCUGGUGAACCUGGUCCAGCUGGUCCACCUGGACCACCAGGACCUGAUGGCAACCCAGGAGCAGCAGGAGCACCGGGAGAGGCUGGAGCGCCUGGUAUGAGACAGACGAAUCCUCCAGGACCAGCUGGACCAGCUGGAGAACCUGGACCAGCUGGACCGAAUGGAACGGAUGGAGGCAGUAGCGGAGAAGGAACACCUGGUCCAGCAGGGCCUGCUGGAGCUCCUGGCAAAGAUGGUGGACCUGGGCAGGAUGGAAGUCCAGGACAAGCUGGACCCAAUGGAUCACCUGGAUCUGAUGCUGCAUAUUGUCCUUGUCCACCCCGCACCUCGCGACUUUGA